GUAGUACUUGAUAUAGGUCACAGCUAGAUAAGAUGUUUUGAUAUAAUGAUGGACGCUUGAGGAAAAAAAAACCUGUGAUGGAUUACAUUAUAAAAAGCGCACAGAUUGAUGAUGCUUUGUUUGUUCGUGGAACAUGAAACUCCUCAUCUGAUUUCUAAAAUUAACACUGCUUUUCCUCAGCCGUUUCCUGUGGCAGCAAGCACGAGGGACUUUCAAUUCACACUGAAUUCAGUCAAUUAGAUGCUCAAUUUAGGACAUUUAGGCCUACAAUGUAGGCCUUGUCAUGCUAGCUGGAUCAGCCUACCAAGACCCCAGCCACUGUAACCCGUCCUAAUGGGUGGUUGCUACUCCAGUAAGGGGGACCCCCAUCCCGCAGAGUUCAACAUGUCUAGUCAUCAGCACAACGGCUCCAAGCUGCGUUAUAAGUCCUACUACGCCAAUGGCCCAGGGGGAGGUGGCGGGGGGUUUGGGUUCAGACCACCCCCUUCUAUGAUGCACAAGCCCCAGGGGGUGGUCAAUGGAGGAGAGGUAGUAGGAAAGAAACUUGCCAUUGGAAAUGGAGAUUUAAGCUCGGAGUCUCCAUACAGAGUCAUUGCAUCAGGACAUCAACAGCUGGGAAAACAAGCUGGCGAUGAGAGUGAUGUCAUUACCCAGCAUUCUCAGAGUCCGAACAGCAGUCUUACUAGAGCAAAGCCUGGCAGCGGGGCUGGCAGGGGAAAAUUUGGCUUUGGAUUCAAACCACCCCAAGGGAAGUUAAAUGAUUCCAGCAAGAGUGCUUCCUCUUCUACCCAUAGUUUGAACAGCAAGGAGGGGGAGAACAGUGGAGGCUCCCAGGGUAGUUUGUCAGCACUGAAAAAAACUGUACAGCAUGACAGGACUGACAACAGAUUAAGAUAUAGCAGCAAACUGCAGAAAAAGCAUCAGCCUCAUCAGACCCAGUCAGUGUUAGAGAAAUCUAGAACUCCAAAUGGCAAACCUUCAAAUAUGUCUCCUACAAAACAGCGUGGUAAUGGCAGCCCAGGAAAGCAUGGUAGAUAUAAUGCACAGCUCCAUGUUGCCCAGACCAUGAAGAAGAGCACUGAAAAUGUAUCUGAACCGUCUAGACCUUCAGGGAUUGCCCAGUUUAAAAUACCCACAAUCACAGCACAGCAGCCUGAUAAUAGGAGUAAGGCUACCAGUAACUCAGAUACAGACUUACGCAAAAUGAACACAAGGACCUUUGCAUAUCGACCACAACAGCAACAGACCAAGAAAGAAAAAUCUGGAAAAAACGAAUUCCUGAUGGGAAGAAAAAUGCAGUAUCAGCCUUUAUCAUAUCAUAAAAGGGAAAACGUAGCAGGAGUGAACCCCUGUAAGGAUAACAAGAUUGAGGAAUUGUUGGAUAAUAAUAACAAAGAGAAAGUCAAGUUGCAAAGUCAAGAGGGACCUGUGUGUGAAAGUGAAGCAAAGAUUGAGAGAGAAAAUACUGAGAAGGAUUCAGAUGGGAUGCUUUUGCCUCCAGAAGAGAAACAUAAAGAAGAUGACAUAAAUAAGGAUGAAAAUGAUGAACCAAAAUCUCUACAACAUACAGAUUGUUCUUACACAUCACAGGUUUUGAAUGACACUUUUACAAAAGAUGUUGUUGAAGAUGAACCUGAUGGAAAUAUUUUGAAUGAAACUUUUACUAAAGUUGAUGUUAAAACUGAGGAAGCUGUUGCUUGUAAGACAAAUGCACCAAAUGAGGAUAUUUGUCUCCUCUUGCCAGAAAACUUUGAACAACAGACUUUAGCAGAAGAAUCCAAGACAUAUUCAAAACCGAUCAGAAAAGAUACAUAUGACAUGGACAGUGAUAAAGCAGACAGACACCAUAAUAGGCUGAGAACUAAUUCUGCAUCUAGGACUCGUAAAGAUUCUGACCAUUCUGCUCAGAAUAGUCCUAGACCUAAGCGUCAGGUGAAGUCUGCGCAGAACAGUCCUAGACCCAAGCAGAGUUCUGCAACGUCUGCCCCAUUUAGAGCCCCCUUGGCGAGGUUUGACUCCGAGGAAACCAAUCUGAACAGCAUGUCAUGUAUCUCGUGCUCAAGCCUUGCCUCUGAUGACUUAAUGAUAGAUACCGACCUUCACUUGGACAGUGUGAGCCUGUCUCAGUCUGAAGGCAGGCUGUCACCUGAUCGUACUCAGGGGCUACAGGAGUGUGUCCAUGGGGCACCUAAUGGAGAAUCUACACAGCAAGGGCAAAGUGCAAUAAUUGUUGAUGAAAGUUCUGGAAAGCAGAAUUCCAGGGACAGAUUGGACAGUGAGUCUCAAAUCUUGGAUGAUGUGUUUGAUGAUGAUGAAACUGAAAGCUCAAGAAUUGCCCGGUUUGGUGGCAGUGCAGGAAGAAUUCCUGCACCAAAACAGAUCAGGCCAAAAUCACCACGCACUAGUAAAAAUAUCAAUGAAAGUGGCAACGUGGGAAUCUGUCUUACAAAUGGCACAGAGACUUCAAUUCCAACAAGAAGACGUUCCACCACUUUGCCAUCCCAGUACAACCUGGAAGAUGAUGUAGUGUUGGAUCAUUCCACAUAUACCAACAUGUUACAGGAGAUGACAAUGAUGAAGACCAUGCUUCUUCAGUUGAAGAGGGCACUACAAGAUACGGGUGAAGGAGGCCAGAAUGAAAUUAAUCAGAAUCUUAAGAAUGGCCUACGGCAGAGUAUAGGCAGCAUGCCUCAUGAUGAUGGAAUGUCAGCAUCUCAGUUAGAUACACUCAAACAGGAAAAUGAGGAUUUAAAAAGACAACUUCAACACUAUAAACAGAAAGAUGCUGAGAAAGACAAAACUAUUAAGCAGUUACAGCAGAAAAUAAGUUCUAGUUUAGAGAGUGUCCAUUCCAAAACUCCAGUUGCUAGUGUCAGUCAUUCUUCAACACAGACAGACAGGCUGAGAAUGUCUGUUGAGAAGAAAGUCAGAAAAACUUCCUCAGAAACAUCAGAAACUGGUGCAGAGAAGGGGAAAAAAGUGAUCAGCUCUGUGACGGAGGCUCUUGAAGUUCUGAUGAAAAAAUCAACUGAGGAAGGAACAAGUUUAAGAAAGCGAAUGUCUCAAGUGGAACACUCCCUCAGUCAAGUUAACAAAGACUUAAAAUCAACCUCUUUGUACAGAGUGAAGUCUUCUUCAGACAUUCAAGGAGGGAAUUCUACAAGAAAUAAGUCUAGAAAAUCAUCUUCGGGUUUAUCCCAUUCUUUUUCCAUGGAUAAUGUUACAGCAGGUCUGGACUUCAGUUUACAAAAUAGCCCAACUGCUAAAGAAUCAGUGGUUUGAUGUUUGCUGAUUUAUUUAGUAAUAUAAAAAGAAUAAUUGAUUUGUGAUAUUCCAGUGGAUUAUUCUUGCAUUUAUCUUGUCAUUGUAGCAAAAAAUAGUUUUAAAAGCUAUCAUAAAUUAAACUACAUUCAUCUAUAGAAGAAUUUCAUGUGGAAGUGUUAUAGUAAAAUCAUAUUCAGUGAAGCUUUUUUUUUUUUUUUUUUUUUUUGCUACUUUUAAAACUAGAACAGUGGAAUUCUGGGUAAUUUCAAAUUACCAUGUAAACAGUGUGGAGUAACUUAAGUUUAAAUGAUCAGACAAUAUUGAUAUUGUCACUAUGAAAGAGGAUAUCACGAAAAAAAGUAAGGCAGUUGUCAAAUUCACAUGGCAUUUGAUCUUAUAACCCUAAUACAAAUAAAUUGACAAACAGUAUGGUGACCCCUAGUAAUAAACAGUCUGAAUUCUGAGAGUAACAUUUGCAAGUGGACUUCUUCAAAAGUCCUACACAAGUACACAAUAUGUAAAAUAAUCAGCAAUAUGGUAUUGGUGUUUAACUAUAGGAGUUUUAAGUUCCUACAUGAAAUACAGUGCUGUUCAAGGAUUAAAGAAUUGCAAAAUA